UCUCCUUGGAGUUUCCAGUUCCGGCCUCACAGGGGCUGGAAGAAGUUGGGAGUAUGCGGCUGUCGGUCGCCGCUGCCAUCUCUCACGGCCGCGUAUUCCGCCGCCUGGGCCUUGGUCCCGAGUCCCGCAUCCACCUGCUGCAGAACUUGCUCACGGGACUGGUGCGACACGAACGCAUCGAGGCGUCAUGGGCACGCGUGGACGAGCUGAGGGGCUACGCGGAGAAGCUCAUCGACUUUGGGAAGCUGGGAGACACCAACGAAAGAGCCAUGCGCAUGGCUGACUUCUGGCUCACGGAGAAAGACUUGAUCCCAAAGCUGUUUCACGUACUGGCCCCUCGGUACCAAGGUCAGAAUGGGGGCUACACGAGAAUGCUGCAGAUCCCAAAUCGGAAUAAGCAGGAUCGGGCCAAGAUGGCAGUGAUCGAGUAUAAAGGGAACUGCCUCCCACCCCUGCCCCUUCCUCACAGAGACAGCAACCUCACACUCCUAAACCAGCUGCUUCUGGGGCUGCGGAAGGAUCAGGAAGCAAGCACCCACAGCUCCCACACAGUUCAAACAGCAGAGAUUUAACUGGAGCCAAAGGGUAUGUGGCCCUCAUCAGUGCCCAUGAUCCACAGACCUUGGGAGCUCUUUUAAUCUCUAAGAAGAACUGGAUCUUGAGUUGUAAAAUGAACUGUCUGAUUGGAGCCCAAAACCUUCUGGGAGCCAGAUAACCCUCUCUUUGCACAAUAGAUAAAAUUCAUUGUGUGAAUAUAUGUAAACUGAUUUUUUCCCCUCCCCUUGGGAUUUCUGGAGAAUGAGAACUAUCCACAUGCUUGGUCUGUGUGGGAUAGUAAAUUCAUGGUGUAUGCUUCUGGUUCUUAAAUCUGGGUUGGGUUGGGUUAGCACAGUUUUGGUUUUUUUUAAUGCUAGAUCAUAUGGAGUAUGUAUCCUGUAAUUCCAAACUUAGCCCCCAGAGGUGAUUGAGUUUUGAUAUCUAGCAUAGAGACUGAGCCCUAGGGAUUUCUUCGAGAAGGAUUACCUCCUGACAGGGGUGGGAGGGUGAACAUCUAGAAGAGAACUUUCUGUAAUAAUCUGGUACUCUAGGAACCUUCAAGGUUCCAUUCCUCUGUUUCUGGACAGGAUCACAUAUUACCCUGAAGUGUUCACCUCAAGCCCUGAAUAGGUCUCAGAGGAGAGGACCUGAGAACUCAGAUGUACCACCACCCUGGCCAAGGGAGUGGACAUGUUCAGCAGAGGAUGUUGACUCCAGGAUAAGCUCCCUCUUGGGGUGGGAGUGGAAGGGUGAAGGAGAGGGUUGAAGUGGGAGGAAGAUUAGGAAGUUAAACCUGUGGGAAUUUCUUGGAAGUUUUCAAUCUUGGCCUCUCUGGGAACUGGGAAAAAGGAAAUCUGGCUUCAGAAUGGUCAAGGCAUGUGAAAAGUAGCAAGUUCCUUUAUGUGCACUAGUUACUGUGAAGCCAGAUUUGGCCCAGGCAGGCUGCCCAUCCCUCACACUCAACGCUUGACAGGGGUGAUAGUCGUGGGAAGACUUGGAGCUAUCAUCCCUACAUGAACACGUGAUAGCAGGGCCUAGCAAAUCCCAUCUUUCUAGUAAAGUGGAAAAAACAGAUUUUUAUCUUAGGCCAGACCUACAGAGGGUGUUUGGCCCACCAAACCCAUCCAUUGUCUGAGAUAAUAAGGGUGUGGGUGGAGGGGUCACUGGUCUAGCAGACAGAUAUUAGCUUCAGUGACAGAGCUAUUCUGGUACUAUGUCAGUACAACUGCCCUAGUCAGAUUCAUCUGCUCCCAACAGGGGUCUCAUCUCUUUUACUCUACUCCAGUUGGUCUUUCACACUAUUGCCAGAAAUCUCUUUCUGACAUUAUAUUUUGAGUGACAUAUAGUAGACACUCAAAACAUUUAUUGAAUAAACCUACAACUCUGAAUGCUUCUCUAAAAAAAUCUGCCCUCUUUCUGUCUUUUUGGUACAAACGUUCACCUCAGCCAGAUGUCUUGGAGUCAUCCUUGACUCCUAGAGAAAGCUCUUUCCUUAAAAUUAAAACCACAUCUUUAAGUAACGGUAACAAGUGAGUUAUGGCUGGAGUCUCACAGCUUUUCCUCCUGGCCCCCAGAAAUAUAACUUCCUUUGGGGCUUUCAGUAGUUUCCUAAGUGUUUAUUCAGCAUCUGCUAGUACCCAGCAUCAUUUUAGGCACCAGGGAUAUACUAGUUUAACAAGUGUCAGCCAUAUGUCGGGCCCUGUGCUAGAUACUAGGAUAUAGAAAUGAGAAGAAACAGGCUUUGCCAUCAAGGAGCUCACAGUCUAAUGGGCCACUUCUACUGCCACAGUGGUCUCAAGAGACACUGCAUCCCCUUUAAUAUUUUGGAGUACAUGAAUCCUAGAACAUUUACUAACAGCUCAGGGAUUAACACAAGGGAAAUAACAAUGUAGCAGUUUUACUAAUCUGGCCUAUAAAUGGUAACUCUUCACCUAAAUUGGUGGAAUGUGCCCCCAAGUCCAUCCAGGCAUCUCUUUAAUAAAUUCCAAACUUCCAAGAGAGGCCUGGAUACACUGAAAUUCCCUCUUACUUUCAAAGGUUCACUGUUCAGGUGCCAGUUCUUCACUACAAGGUUCACAGUUAUGCCCAUUCCUCUCAAAAGGUAACAAAUUUCCACUAGCCUCAAUAGAUCAAUGACACGGUGUAAGCCCAAGAUCUAGAGGAGACACAAUUACAGAAGUCAGAGACUGUUUCCUUACACUCAUCUUCUGCAGUCAAAUUAGCACAUCAUGUAGAUUUUAUCAAUCUGCAGACACCUCUCCCUAGUCUGAGAUCCAAGACAUCCCUAUCCUGGAUUACUGCAACAGCCUCCUAACUUGCCUUCCUCCCCACUGCAGCCAUGGUGAUAGGAAUCUGCUGUCUUAAUUCUCUGCUUGAUGAUCUCCAGUGGCUCUUCUCUUCCUGUAGGAAAAGAGUCCAGAUUCCUUACCGACUCCCCUCGGUGAGUAAGCACCUGCCUGUUGCUCCAACUUCUUCCCUUGCCUCUAAUUUUAUGCUCCAGAGGCUUGGAGGGCCUUAUUUUGACUGUUUCCCUAUGCAGGUCUCUCCCUAAUACCUUCUGUUCAUCUACCACCCAGAAAACUCUCCCCCUUUUACCUACCUGCCUUGUACACAAACUUUUGGCAUCUCCUGGGUGACUGCUCUGACCAUCUCCACACCUAAGUUCAUUACUUUGUGACUCUAGGUGCCACUAUGGUAUUCCCAUAAUGCACUGGAUUUACCACAUUGCAUUACAAUUCCCUGCAGUGGGUUAAUUCCCAAACAUCCACCCCAGGUUAGUCUAAGGCAGUCCUGCUACUUCCAUCCCCUAGCUAUUGAUGGAUUCAGGGAUGGACAGGCCUUAAAUAAUUUGAGGCAAUGAGAAUCCAGGCUCUACUCUGCUAGAUAAGAGUAAGGUUGCUUGUUAUUCUGAUAAACACAGGGAACUGGCUCUAGGCUGAAGAUGACACUUAGAGUGGCAGGUCAGAACAACUAAAAGAUACUAUAUAGUAAGAAUCUUUAGUGACUACUCCCAUUUGUGCCUGAGUUUUCUGUUAAUUGCUACUGAAAGUAAUCUGGUAAAUUAGUUUGUACUGUUGAAUCUUUAGGCUAGUGUUUCCCCAAAAUUUUUUUUACUAUGACCCACAGAUCAAAAAACACAUCAGAACACGAAAUGGACAUGUAUAUAUAUAAUUGAAACAAAAGCAUCACAAAACAUUAUUUAUUUGUACAAAUAUCAUGUGCACUGAUAUUGUCUACUCUUUUCUAGUUUACUCUUUUAAAAUGAUGGUCCCAAUUCACUAAGUUGAUUUUACAACUGACUAAUGUUUUACAACCUUCUCUGAGAAACACUGAUCUAAACCAGCAUUACAGUGAUUCACCGUUACCUUUGCUGGAUAAAAUCCAGGCUUCUAUCAUGGCACAAAGGCCAUCUAUGUCCUGGUCUCAGUCACCUCUCAGGCUCGUCUCCUACCAUUACCUGCUACCACCCUUCACAGGAAGUUAACUUGUUAUUCUCUGAAUAUAUCAUACCUUUUUGCAUGAUGGUGCGUUUACUAUUGUGCUUGCCCUGUUUCAAAUUACCUCCUACAUGUUGUUCAAAUCUCUACUCAAAGUUACUUCUUUGAGGCCUUCUCCAAACUCCACAUCAUCCUCCAGAUGGGGCUAGGUCCAUUCCUGGGUGCAGUAAUAGCCCUUGGGUCAUAUGUCUGUCAAAGCAUUCAUUACACUCUACUACAGUAGCCUGUCUGCUUGACUGACUCCUUCAUCAACUGAGCUCCCAAAGCCAGGAACUGGGACUCAUUCUUCUGGGUAACUCUAUACCUACCAUUGGACCUGAUUCAAUAUAUGUUUAUUAAAUGAGGAGGAGUAAGCUACAUGUUGUCUAUGACAUAGUCAACUCCCUGGCUUAGCUGUAUAAAACCAUAAACAUGGUAUGUGUGUAGGGACAGUGCUAAGCUACACUGCUGAGUAUACCAAGGCUGAAGAAAUGGGCUCCUUCCUCUCUAGGGAUUUAAGUGUUCAUAAUGACAGUCAAGAAUGUAAGCAUGUGUCUAAUUCAUUUCCCACACAUUUCAUAUUUCAAUUUCCUGAAAUAUUUCUAACCUACCUACAGACAGAAAAUACCUAUACAUUUUCCAAGACAUAGCCAAAAGCUGAUCUGAUGCCUCUUCUGAGAAGUAUUCACUGAAUUCUGCAAGCUAAGUUAGGGACUUCCCCAGUGGUCCAGUUUCACACAUACAUCCUUCAUUGUAGCAAUGGCACAAUUACAUUGUUCAGCACUCAUAACUAGCUGAUUUAUUCCUAGAGGGUAGGGGACAUACCUAAUCAACUCUUGGGCCACCCAGUAGAGAACAUGGAACAAAAUAGGUGUCUAUAAAUGUCUGUUGUACUAAGUUCUUCAGCCUAGCUCUGCAGUUUAGGUUUACUAACUCCUCCCUUCCCCGGUUUCCUCUUACUUCAUCUGAAAAUGAACUUCCUGCAACACUGAUUCCCCAUUGUUCACUACUGGGUAAUGUCUGUACCCUUAAGGGUUUCCUCUCUGUGCCCUUAAAUGUGCGGGCAUAUUGUAGCUCUCUGACUCAGGGACAUGAAUUCGGUAGUUAAAUUUGAGAUGCCCUAAUAAUAAAAAUGGUCUGUGUGCUUAUAUUUUGAGGAAAGGAGUUUCAACUUUUCUGAUAUUUUGCAUUCUGUUCCACAGUAUAUCUGUUUAAUAUAAAAGUAAUGUUUUUAGUUCUUACAAGUUAAAUAUUGUACAUUGCACACAUACAUACACACACAAUUCUAUCAAAAUUGAUGCUCUAAGCUCUAAGAAGAUGAGCCUUGUUUACACUGUGGCUUCACAUAUGCCUUGGCACAGCACCAUGUAGCCCAGCAUGGGAAGCACAGCAUUAACAUUUUACUGCUAUUCACUUCAAGGAGAUGAAAAUGCAAAAGCUGUACCUAGAGAUGUCACUGAAAACUCAAUACCAUUGUUCUGACUUAAUUUCUAACUCUUUUCCUUAAAAUGGUCUCAGAAGCUUUCCUACAGUUAUCUUUUCCUUUUAUCCCAAAAGGAACAAAAGAAAGGAAAAAUAGUUCAGUUUUGUAUGUGCUGAGUUUGAGAUGCCUGGGAGCAUGUGGAGUUUAGGAAAUAGUUCUUCGCCGGGAAAAGAGAUUUGGGAGUUCUUGGCAAUUAAAGCUAAGGAAAUGGAUGGGAUGACUCAGAGUGUAUAUGUAGAGGGAAAGGAGACUGAGGUCAGACAUUAGAGGACAGACAGGAUGCAGAAUCUAUGAAGGAGACUGAGAAAUUGCCUUACAGAGAGGAAAAGAACCUGCAGAAUUCAUCACAGUACCCAGUACAGUGUCUUCCUUGUACAUAGGAGACACUCAAAAAAUAAUUAUCGAAGGAAUUUAGCAAGCAUAGUCCUUUUUCAUUCAAAGCACUGUGCUAGUAUAGAGUAUUCAGGGAUGACUCCUUCUGGGCCCAUCGGGCCAGUCGGAGAGACGGAUCAUGAAUAAGUAUAAGAUAGAAAGACAGAUAGCUAAGAAAGUGGUGUGCACAAGGCAUACUGGAGUACCAAGAAAGGAGGAGGUCAAUAAGGAACUUUUCAGAGGAAACAAUGCUAGGGCUGCAUCUUGAAGAAUGAAUAGGCAUUCAUCAAGCUUUGGGUAGAGAGAUCCUCUGGGAGGGCAUUCCAGGCAGCAAGAUCUGCAGGUAGAAGUGCACUGAAUUGUGAAACAGAAUGGAGUGGUUGAGAAAUUCCAAGUAAGUAAUUUGGUACAGCUGGGAUUUAGUUUUGAGGAAGAAGUAGAGGAAAUGAAGCAGGAAAGCCAGGCUAGAUCAGGUUACAAAGGACCCUGUAAGACAUGAUAAAGUGCUUGGAUUUUAUCCUGAAGACCAGGGGAAGCCACUGAAGGAUUUUUAAAUGGAGAGAAAAGGGAUCAGAUUUACAAUUCAGAAAUAUCAUUCUUCCAUCAGACCGGAAGAUGGGUUAGGGGCCAAGACUAGAAGCAAGGAAACCAAAUAGGAGGCUAGUUAAGGAAUCCAAGGGGAGUUGAGGGAAGGCUAGACUAGGCCAGAAGCAGGGGGGAAGGAGAGAAGCCAACAGAUCAAACAGAUAUACAGGAGAUAGAAUAGACUAGACAUCGUGUGUGACUACAUGAGGUAGAGGAAGAAGAGACAAGCACGAUACCAAAUUUCUACUUGGGCAGUUGGGUGAAGUAAUUCCAUUCACAGAGAAUGAGGAUAGCAGAGGAGAAGCAGAUCUGAGAUUCUGUGAUGAGCUUUGUUGUAAACGUAUUCAUGUUACAGAGUUGUCUUGUGAACAGUUGUUCUGGAGCUCAAAGGAUAUAGGUAAGCCAGCAAUACAGAUGUGCUAUUCACACAUAGGAGGAAAUUGAAGCAAUUGGACUAGAUGAGAUUUCCCAGACAAAAAAUAUACAGUAAAAGAAAAAG